GCAGUGAUCGCAAGAGUACUCCAAAGCAAUUGAAACGGGAUCAGCAGAAAGAGACAGAAGAAUCCUCUCUGACAUCCAACUCAAUCUUCUAAAGACAUAUUUCAAAGCCAUCAACAAGAUCCACUACAGGUUCAAUAAUGCCCCCACAGUUGAAAGCCGAGGUAAACGUCAUGCCCAAGGUUGUCCAGGGGGAUUUGCAGAGCCUGCCUCCAGAAGCAAGGGAUUUCAUUGAAAGUAAUGCAAAGCUGUGCCAGCCUGAGAGCAUUCAUAUCUGUGAUGGCUCCGAAGAAGAAAACAAAAAAAUUCUGGACAUCAUGGUAGAACAAGGCAUGAUCAAGAAGCUGAGCAAGUAUGAGAACUGCUGGUUGGCACUCACUGACCCAAGAGAUGUGGCAAGAAUUGAGAGCAAAACUGUCAUCAUCACUCAAGAACAGAGAGAUACCACUCCAAUCCCUAAAACUGGAACUAGUCAGCUAGGUCGUUGGAUGUCUGAAGAAGAUUUUGAGAAAGCCUUCAAUACCAGGUUCCCAGGCUGCAUGCAAGGACGUACAAUGUAUGUCAUCCCCUUCAGCAUGGGGCCUAUUGAGUCUCCUUUGUCCAAGAUUGGUAUUGAGCUGACAGAUUCACCGUAUGUAGUGGCCAGCAUGAGGAUCAUGACACGGAUGGGAACAGCUGCUUUGAAAGCCCUGAACAACAGGGAUUUUGUAAAAUGCCUUCACUCGGUUGGAUGUCCUCUACCUCUAAAAGAACCAUUAAUCAACAACUGGCCAUGCAACCCGGAGUUAACGCUGAUUGCCCAUCUCCCGGAUCGCAGAGAGAUCAUUUCAUUUGGCAGUGGUUAUGGGGGAAACUCCUUACUGGGGAAAAAAUGCUUUGCUCUCAGAAUUGCCAGCAGAAUUGCCAAAGAGGAGGGCUGGCUAGCUGAGCACAUGCUGAUCCUGGGCAUUACCAAUCCAGAAGGUGAAAAGAAGUAUUUUGCUGCAGCAUUCCCUAGUGCAUGCGGAAAAACUAACCUGGCCAUGAUGAACCCAAGCCUGCCAGGAUGGAAAAUUGAGUGUGUGGGUGAUGAUAUCGCCUGGAUGAAAUUUGAUGAACAAGGCAACUUAAGGGCAAUCAAUCCAGAAAAUGGCUUUUUUGGUGUCGCCCCUGGAACAUCAGUCAAAACAAACCCCAAUGCUAUUAAAACCAUAUUCAAGAACACCAUCUUUACCAAUGUAGCGGAAACCAGUGAUGGAGGUGUCUAUUGGGAAGGCAUUGAUGAGCCAUUAACACCAGGAGUAACACUGACUUCAUGGAAGAACAAGACUUGGACCCCAGAUAAAGGGGAACCUUGUGCUCAUCCCAACUCAAGAUUCUGCACUCCGGCCAGUCAGUGCCCAAUCAUGGACCCUGCAUGGGAAUUGCCUGAAGGCGUGCCCAUUGAAGGCAUAAUAUUUGGAGGCCGCAGACCUGCUGGAGUGCCUCUUGUAUAUGAGGCCUUUAACUGGCAGCAUGGCGUAUUUAUAGGAGCAGCUAUGAGAUCUGAAGCAACAGCAGCUGCUGAGCACAAAGGCAAAAUCAUUAUGCAUGAUCCAUUUGCCAUGAGACCUUUCUUUGGCUACAACUUUGGCAAAUACUUGGCCCACUGGCUCAGCAUGGCACAUCGCCCAGCUGCAAAACUACCAAGGAUCUUUCAUGUUAAUUGGUUCCGGAAAAACAGUCAAGGGAAAUUCCUGUGGCCUGGCUAUGGAGAGAAUUCCCGUGUGCUGGAGUGGAUGUUCAACAGAAUUGAAGGGAAGGCCUCUGCCAAGCCAACUGCCAUAGGUUACAUCCCUGUUGACACUGCUUUGAACCUGAAGGGUUUAGAUGUCAACUUGACCGAACUGUUUGAUAUCUCCAAAGAGUUCUGGGAAAAGGAGGUAGAAGAAAUCAAACAGUACUUCGAAAUGCAAGUUAAUGCUGACCUUCCCUAUGAAAUAGAAAGAGAAAUGCUUGCCUUAGAGAUGAGAAUAAAACAGUUGUAGCUGAUCAAAGCCACAGUUAUUUAUCAAUCCACUCAUACUAAGACAGGAUAAACACAUUUUACCAAAUCAUCAUUGGAAGCAUAACAGCACACUGAUGGGCAGGGAGUUAUAAUGAAAAGUAGGUCUUUGUUUAGUUAGAAUAUCGGUAGAGGCAUUCUAGAAGUAACUCCAGACCUAAUAAUUUAUAACUACAUCCGUUGUUGUGAAUAGGUGAGUAGCUGAGGGAAUGUACGUGCACAUGGUCUUCAAAACCCUGAUCUGUCACUUACACACAGAUAUAGCCAUGACGUGUGUAAAUUACUUGCCGAGUUCUGCAUAUA